AUUAUCCGAGGUGCGCCCCGCACGUCCGCCUUCGGACUGGGAGACACGCCUUCGUCACACACGAACCCUGCAGAUCCCGGAGCUCGGCGGACUCGGGGGUGGUGCUUCCAGUCCUGCCGCUUGCCAUCCGGACGGGCAGGGGCUGGGGACCCGCCGGCUGCUGGAGCGAUCCAGAGCCACAGGUUGGGGGGAAAAAAAAUCGGAGCGGUGCCCGGGACCGUCGCCCUGGAAGGCAGACCCCGGGCAGUGGCUGGUGUCCAGGAGUUCCCGGGCUUGGGGAAGGGGGAAGGAAACCUCUGAAACCCGACACCUCUCGCCAAGGAAAACUUCGCAGGCUGGCCCACCAUCACGACCAUCACUAUGACCGAUGGGGACUAUGAUUAUCUGAUCAAACUCCUGGCCCUUGGAGAUUCGGGGGUAGGGAAGACAACAUUUCUUUAUCGAUACACAGACAAUAAAUUCAAUCCCAAGUUCAUCACGACAGUAGGGAUAGACUUUCGGGAAAAACGUGUGGUUUACAACACGCAGGGACCAAAUGGGUCAACAGGAAAAGCAUUUAAGGUGCAUCUUCAGCUAUGGGACACUGCAGGACAAGAGCGAUUCCGGAGCCUCACUACGGCAUUCUUCAGAGACGCCAUGGGUUUCCUAUUAAUGUUUGACCUCACCAGUCAACAGAGCUUCUUAAAUGUCAGAAACUGGAUGAGCCAACUGCAAGCAAAUGCUUAUUGUGAAAAUCCAGAUAUAGUAUUAAUUGGCAACAAGGCAGACCUGCCAGACCAGAGGGAAGUCAAUGAACGGCAAGCCCGGGACCUGGCUGAAAAAUACGGCAUACCAUAUUUUGAAACAAGUGCAGCGACCGGCCAGAAUGUGGAAAAAGCUGUGGAAACCCUUCUGGACUUAAUAAUGAAACGAAUGGAACAGUGUGUAGAGAAGACCCACAUCCCCGACACUGUCAAUGGGAGCAGCUCUGGAAAGCUGGAUGGGGAGAAGCCAGCAGAGAAGAAAUGUGCCUGUUAGACUUUACCCCAGCCUCUGAUCAUCCAGAACCCCAGGCAAACGUCACUUCCAAAAAGAGUGACAAACCACACAAUUUUUGUUGAGUAAACCGUGUAUAACGGCAUGUUUUUCUUUUCCUGCCAGAAAUUUAAAAAAAUCUGAAUAGUCAACAGUGUUCAAAAGAGUUGACCAGUAAUCCCCACGGCCCCUCCAAACAAGAUCAAAGAUUUCCCAGUGUCAUUGUACCAUCAUGGAUACUCAAUUUGUUUUUUUCGUAAAGAAGAUGAACAUAAAAAGGAGUGUGGAAGAAGAGAUAUCAGUGAGUUUUCCAUCAGAACCAAAAUUACCUUGUCACACUGGGGACAAGAAUAGGUUUCUGAAGAGAGAACACAGAAAGAUGACUUUUUUUUUUAAAGGUUGGAUUUACUAGUUACAGAGAUUCUGAUUUGGACUUUUAGGUUUGCAUUGAGGGGGACAUAUUAGCUAAAAGUGCAUACACAAUAAAGAAUUCUAAGUGGUUCAUUUAGAGUGACAUUACUAUGUAUAUCCUAUAAGCUGUGCUAGAAUGACAACAUUACUGAUAAAGUUACGAGAGGAUGAAUGUCAGACUUCUGAGAAUAUGUAAGAGGCUGUGUAAUAAUGCCAUUUGUGUAUUCUUAAUAAAUGGCAGAUAGACAAGAAUAGGACUGUGAAUGACAGAGGACAAGAAAAAGGCCCAGAGAGAGAGAUGAAGGUAUGGGAAAAUGGCAUUUGGACAACUGAAAUUAAAUGUGUCUCUUACAGAUGUCUGGGAGAGUUACUUAGCCAAAUUUCAAUCCAGCCAGUUGGAAGCUGACAUUAUUGGUUGGCAUUAAGAGAGUGUCCAGAGGUUUCCAUUCCCAGCACAGUUUUAGAAAUUGGUCUAGUGUUCAGCUUCUGGUGUGAUGUUCAGCUUCACAUUUCACAUUUCUUAGCAAAUCAUGAUAAACAGUCACAAAGAGAAAUUAAAGAUUGCUGUUUAUUAAAUAUCUCUUUAUGAACUCAAGAAAAACUAUUCAGCCUUAAUUUUUUAGAUAAAAUAUGCUGGUGAUAUGAAAUUAAAAGUGACUAUUAAUUCUAGGUUUCUAAUUUACAAAGUACUAGAAACUCUAUAUCACAUUGCUCCCCUCCAGCCUACACCCACCCCUGGCUUUGAUUCAACCGUAAAAACACAGAUGUGUCGCUUUGUAGAUCAACAACUUCAGAAUUAUGAUGGAUCAAUUUUAUGGUCACUGAAUUUUCAUGUCGUUCAUCACAAAAAAGUUGAUGAUACCUCAUGCCAUAUUACAGUGUAUUUAGCAUCUGUUUUUAUUUUGCCUAAGGCAAAAUACCUAUGGGUGAACUAUAUUUGGGGGUUGGCAGAGAUGGAACUAUAUCCUGUCUCACCAAAAUUUGGUUAAUGGCUUUAUUUUUCCCAUAAUGCUGUCUUUUCUUUCUAAAAAUGAUCACAAAAGCAUUUUCCAUUGGCCUAUUCUUAUUACUGUGUCUAAUAUUACAUUGGUUUUUUUAUUUUAGCUUCUGAUAAACAUAAGCCAUUCCUUUUAAACUUUUAUUUAAGUGUUUCAGUCAAGUUUAUCAAUAACAAAGUCAUCAUACUUUAAGUUUUCUCUGUUUAUUAUGAGUAUAUGAUUUUUCUAAAGGCUAGUUCCUCUUUGUAGAAAAUUUUGCCAAUUAAACUGCACUUUUCUAGACUCUGUAUAUUUUUUGUUAAGUUACAAAUGUAGGAAACUCUAAAUCGCAGUCCCCCACCUUUAACCUCCUCUGUCAAACUCCAUCUGGUACGAAUCAGUUUUUGGAACACACAUCCAAGGGAGCAUCCAGCUGUAAGGCCCACAAAUGUGCCAUGAAUCAGGUAAUUUGGAAGCUUUUAAGUCAGUCCCUUAACAGACUAACAGUCUCAAUGUUGGCUGCCCAGGUCCUGUGAUUCCUGUGUGAUGCCAACUUCUAAAAUUGGUCAUGGGUGGGGUAUUCCCUCCCACGAUGCUUUUCUCUUUGAUGCUCUUCAUGACCUCAGUGCCUGUGCCAAAAGGAUAUUAGAUAUUAGCUAACAUCAAAGAUGUUUCCUCUGGAAGGCAUAUGAGCAAAACCAAUGUAACCAUCGAAGUGGCAAAUUUUGGUGAAUUAUUGUGGUCAUUAUAUCGAUUUCUCCUUUGGAUUCAAAUUGUGAUGUCCCCUGCAUUUCCAUAAUAGGAAAUAUUUAGACUUUCUAAAAUCCAAAAUGCAUUCUAUUUUGGAUAUUUAUUUUUUCUAUUUAUUUUCCAGUUAUAUGAUUGAUUUGCUUAUGCCAAGAUUCUGUCACUGUCAGUUAUUUAACAAGCUUUUAGUUCAGGAACUAUUUUAAGAUUAUUAUUCGAUAGCCAUAGCAUGAAGCAGAGGGUGAUGAUGCCUUUAAUUAUAGAACUAUUCCUAUAAAAAUAACAAUUAUUGGGUAAUAAUAUCAAGAGGAACAAAAUUAAAAACAGUCAAGAAAAUUAUUUUAAAAUAGUAUUCUACUUAUACAUACUUGAUCUAAAAUAUUUUAUUCUCUGUUGAGUUUGACUUAAGACCCCAAAGUCUAUGUAACCAUUACUAGUAACCAUUACUCUUUCAUUAUUUCAGAAUUAUUUAUUCCAUAUAAUUCAUGUUACAAUUUUAAAUUGAUUUGGAGUCAUGAAGUAUAAGACUGCUUUUGAAGAAUUGCAUUGUUAACACAUAGCAACAUGUGUUACGUAUUAUCUCCCAAAUGCUUUAGUAAGCCAUAUUUUAUUUUGGAGAAUUAUUUAAAAUGUACGUGAAGUUCUUUCUGAUAUAGAAACCAUUUCUGAAGUGUUUACACUGGUUUGAUGUUUACAUUGUCCUAAUACAGUGCCUCGGAUACCUCCAUGACCAAAUUUGUCUAUAGCCACAUAGCUCAAUUCCUAUAAUACCAUGGUAUAGGAAGGGCUCACAGAGACACUAGUGCAGCUAAAGUUAUUUUGUUGUCUUCAGCAAAGGGUAUAAGGAUAUUAUUCAAAUCUGAAGAUUAUUACCACCAUCUCUUGGUCACAUUUUGGGAAAUGGACAUUUCUGGAGACUCUAACUGUGAUUAGGUACAAGAUUACCUUUUAAUCUAAAAAAAAAAAUCCUUUGGAAAAUGUAUCAGAAGUAGUUAAGAGAACAUGUCUGUCUUAUUGUGAUGAGGAUAAGAAGAUUGGCAGAAAAAAUGCUGAAUACUGGAAAUUUAACUUGUGGGUCAAACUCUGGCCAGUGACCACUCUAGCCAAGUUGCUAUCAUUUCCAUAUUAUCAGCUGUCAUGCUACAAAUAAUUCAAAACCAGCAAUUUACUAAAGUAAAUAUUUUCCCUGUUGUUUUUAACCAGAUAGGGCAUUCUGGGUAUCAGUGAGUGCUUUUGUUAUGCUUCUAGUACAAGUUAUUCUCUGCCAACCCAUUCAGAUAAGAAGGAUUGGGCAAGAGUUUUUCCAGCCCUUUCUUGUCUCCUUUAUGAAAGAGAGAAGCUUUGACCAUAACGAAGGACUGACUACAUUAAAAGACAGUUUAAUAACAGCUGAUGCAUUCUUUAAAGUGUAAAUUUUGUCCACUGGGAAUCAACAAAUUUGAUGAAGCUCAUACACAUUCUCACCAAUGGAGUGGGUACAUUGGUUAGAAGGAAAAGCAAUAUGUGUAAAAAGAUACAGUAUAUAACCAGGUGUAGAAUAUAACCUGGAACUACAAAUAUGAGGGAGAAUCCUCACCCAUAAAGAAUUUUGGAGGUUAAAACUCAAAUUGUAAAGAGAUCAUAUUGAAGUUUCUGGUUUCCUAACGAACUUAAUAAUUUUUUAAAAGGAAGAUCUGUGAGCUGUGUUAGCCAAAGCAAUAGAAAAGUUGUCCUUCACCUUCUACUCCCAAGCUUUAAAGCAUUAAAAGACGUCUAAUGUUUUUGAGUAUUUUGGGGAAAGCGCUAUAAUUUUUAAAGAUACCAAGAUGCUGUCUAUAUUUAAAACUAUUGUUUAGGAAUUCACCAAAAGCUAUAUUUUCUUCUUGAUCUUUGACCAAAAUGGUAUAAGCUUAUUUCUGGGAAGAGUGCUGAGCUCCUAAACAUGGAAAGUAGAGAAUAUGCCCUGAGUUGAGUGUUGUCUCAAUGUUGUAUAAAUCUAUAAAGAUAGUUGCCUCAUAAAGUAGAACUGUUAGAUGAAUAGGGAAUUUUAUAAACUUAUUGCCUUGGAGUUCUUGGGUAGAGACCCAGCCAUGACGACACUGUUGAGUAAGAACUAUAAAGAAAGAUUAGAGAUUCAAGUUGUCUAAAUAGAGUUUGUAACUAUGGGAGAACAUGGAGAAGACCAUACUUAAAAGGUUGAUUUUUAUGUAGGAAAAACAAAACAAAACAGAGAAAGUGUUAUAUAUUUGGGGCUUCCCUUGUAGCUCAGUCGGUAAAGAGUCUGCCUGCAAGGCAGGAGACCUGGGUUUGAAUUCUGGGCUGGGAAGAUCCCCUGGAGAAGGAAAUGGCAACCCACUCCAGUAUUCUUGCCUGGAGAAUCCCAUGGACAGAGGAGCCUAGCUGGCUACAGUCUAUGGGGUUGCAAGAGUCAAACACGACUUAGUGACUAAACCACCACCACGACAAAUAUUUACCUAUUAUUUUUAUCUUCCAAGUAGAAUUUUAGGCCCUUAGAACUAAACUAAUAAAAAUAUUUAAAUACCAAAUAUUUCACGAUUGGCAUCAAAAUUUGAGAUGCUUAGAACCAUUUUAUUUAUCCUAUCUGAAUCUAAUUUCCUCAUAUAUUGCACUUUAAUUUUUUAAGAAGUAGCAUCACAAAGGCCUUUCUGUACAGUUCUUUUUACCAACAGUCUACAUUUAAGAUAUUUUCUAAUCCAUAUUUAGAGAGAAUAACAGGCAAACAAACAAAAAGACGAGUACCAAAAUAACACGGUUAUUUAAAAGCAUGUCAUCUUUCAAAGAAAAAAAAAUACAAAGAAAUCAUCUCUGAAUUGGGUUAUUUAAAUUUGUUCCCCAGUUCCUUUUCUUUCCAACAGGUCUUGGAAGUCAUGGCUAUUAUCCCUCAGUAGACUUAAUUGUUGGCAAAUUCUGUUGGAGCUGCAUGUCUGUUCUUAUCCUAACGGAUCCCUUAUUUAACCAAUGGCUAUUGUUGACAAAUCAAAAUAUUAUUUGUCCCUAGCAAAGCAAUAACAUACGCUUAUCCUUACUCUUCUCUUCUCCAGGUUAUUUUUUCAAACACUGUUUGAGAGGAAGACUAGUAUUGUAGAAAGGAAAGUGGCCAGAUAGAACAACUUGGGAGCUGUGGGUAUGUCAUUAAAUAUGGCUUCUCCUCAUAUGAGGCUUAUAAAGCCUGUGUAACUCACAGGGUUCAUUUCAGGCUCCAAAGAGAACAUAUGUAGAAACUGGUUUAUAAAUUAUGUUCCAUUUCACAAACUGACACUAUUAUCCCAAGCUAAGAAUAAUAAAAUAUCACAGUCAUACUUUCACAACCAUAUGUUCACAAGUGUUAUAGCAGGCACAAAACACUAAUUUUAGUAGCGAUGUCGGAAACUUGAAAUGGGUAGUCAGCUCUGGUCAUUGUCUUUAAUUGAAAAUGUUUAAUAUAUCUCAAGUUAUUGAAAAAAUAAAUAUGAGUUCCAUUUCAUUCUGUAGGUCAUCUCGUAUUUCUUUCAAGGAUUCCAAUUACAUUCUAGAUAGUAUAUUAAAAUUUGGUCAAAAUCCUCCUUGUAUAAAUAGGGCUUUGUGUCCACAGCCUUGUAAAAGAUACUGACUGUAUCUGAAAUUAUUUGAGGAAAGUAAGUUAUCCUGCUUAAUGUGUUAAAAGUAGACAACAUUUUGGCCUAACACUGAAGUACUUCAUUGUAUCCCAACAGUCUACAUUUAAGUGAUAUUAUCCUCAUUUUUAGGCUAAGCACGUUCGAUUGUUUUGUCUGUCAUCUACUCAGAUCUCUGUUUUGUCUAGUGCUAUGAAUGUAAAUUAAAACCUUGAACAUGGAGUUUUGAUUCUCUGUGCCCCUGAAUAGACUGUGGUGCCUGACAGACUCUGUCAGGUCAUUAUUUUGUUGUACCAAAGUUCUAUUAGCUUCAGAAAUCAGAGCAUCCAAUGAUUUUGUGGUGUGUGGGUUUAAAUAUUACAGUCGAGAACUGUAUUCAGUGAUUGUUUCUGCACACUUUUCAAAUAAAAAUGCAUUUUUAUCAUUA